AUGGCUGCGUACAUGUGCCGGGCCGUGCUGCCUGCCCACGCUGGGCCCUGCGGGGAGCUGGGCGCGGGGCCGCUGCUGCGAUGGAUGGACGCCGCCGCCUGCCUCGCAGCUGAGAAACAUGCUGGGGUGUCCUGCAUGACAGCAUCCAUGGAUGACAUUCAGUUUGAAGAGGCUGCCAGGGUUGGACAAAUUAUUGCCAUCAGAACAAAGGUGAACAGAGCAUUCAAAACCAGCAUGGAGGUUGGCAUCAAGGUGACAGUACAGGAUGUUUUGACUAAUGCUGAAAAGAUUGUGAGUGUGGCAUAUGCAACAUAUGAGGCCAAACCAGUUGGUGGUGGAAAGGUUGAGUUAAAACCUGUACAGCUUCUGUCUGCAGAAGACCACCUGGAGCACAUCCUGGCUAUUGAGAGGAGAAUAAUCCAUCUGGGCUAUGUCCAGGUCUUUCAGAAGCUGAUGCAGGAGAGCAAUAAGGAAGAUACUUGUGAAGACAAAGAUGCAGUUUCAACUGAGCAUACCCACGUACAGAGCACUGAGCUUGUCCUGCCUCCUCAUGCAAACCAUCAUGGAAACACUUUUGGUGGCCAGAUCAUGCCUUGGAUGCAGACAGUGGCAAGCAUUUCAGCAAGCCCCCUGUGUCGUUCACAGCCCAUCCUAAAGGCAAUUAACAUGUUCAAAUUCUGGGGGCCUUCCUUUGUGGGUGACCGCCUGGUCUUCAAUGCCAUUUUCAACAACACUUUCCACAACACUGUAGAGGUUGGUGUCCAUGUGGAGGCUUACAAUUGUGAGGAGCGGAUCCAGGACCAGCCGUGGCACAUCACCAAUGCAUUCCUCAUUUUCAGUGCUUUGGAUGACAAAGGGGAGCUGCUCACCUUCCCCAGGGUCAAGCCCACUACUCAGGAUGGUGUGAGGAGGUACCACGGAGCUAUUGCCAGGAGGAGGAUUCUACUCACCAGAAAAUGCAUGCUAUCUGCUAAGGGAGACAAGCCUUCUGAUUCCUGGGAGACAAGCAACCAGGCAUAUUUGAGUUACAGCAACAUAGCUGCACUGACACACCUGGCAGGAAAACCAGGGUGGGACAUAACCAAGACUCUGGAUAAUGUGAAAAUCUGGACCCACGAGGAGGGUGCUGUGCUGUCAUUGAAGGUGGAGAUGCAAGUGAAGGUUCCAUCCCACAUGGCCUUCUCCCUUCUGUCCGACAUCAGCCUCCGCCAGCGCUGGGACAGACACUUCCUGUGA